AACGCGCGCUUAAUCACGAUGCGGGAAAUAUCUGCGAGAAAAGUAAAUCAACCAAUAAAGUUGAACUAAAUUGUUCUCUUCAAAGUGUUGAGUUUAUCACAUCGAAUGCAUUUAAGCUGCGCUUUGAAGAAUAAUUGAUUGUAGUGUAGAAAUUUAUUCAGCAUAUUACAAUGGAAAAUGGUCACGAUCACGAAUCGUUCGAAGUCGAAGAGACCAACGUAAGAAAAGUAAUAACGAAACUAAACCAACGAGCACCGCGAAGAGCGUUGGAACAAUUGGAUAAACUUGGUAGAGGAUUAGGAAAAGUUAAUCAAAUCCCAGGAAAAAGACUAGAUGAUCAAGCUAUACUUGAUAGAAUAACAUUUGAAAGUGAAAUAAUUACGGGAAGCCACAGCGAAGCGUCCUCUAGAAGGAACAGCGACGAUGGAGGUAGAGCCAAAAGAGAAGUUAUACGAGAUGAUGGGACUUGUUCCGAGCCACCAACAGCUAAUACAAGGAAUUAUAACGCUUGGGACAAUCUGAACAGUUCAACAUCAACAACGAGAACGGAGCUCAGUGUGUCCGAAAAUGGUAACGAUGAUCAGCACCACAAUAGAGUUCAUCGUCGAAGCCAUGAGACAUCACUGCCAGGCACUCCGCUCCAUAUCCAACCUCCUUGGCGAUCCUCUGACAACCUGGCCCCUGAAUCAGCAUUCGGAACAUCACUAGCUGACAUCAUGGAGAGUCCUGGAAACAAGAGUAUACCCUUUGUGGAGCCAAGUGAUAAAAAGAUAUUCCUUCGAGAAGACCCGAAGACAAAUUCGCGGGACAGUUCAGAGGAGCGUCGCUACCGGGGCUGGAGGCUCGUGAAAAACGUGACUUCAGCUGCUGGAGCUUUCUCGCCCAAAAUCAAGGAAGAUAAAUCCACACAACCUACCACUCCAAUGCCUAGUUUUCAGUCCAAGUCAGAUAGCAAGAGUUCGGAUUAUGCAAGUACAGACGACAGAAAGGACUCAGUGCCAAAAUAUUCCAACGAAAAAGAAGAAAACGUAGGAGAGACAAAUCCAGACGGACUUGACCCUGAUUCCUUGAUGUUUAGAGACGGCAGACGUAGGAUAGACAUGGUUCUAGCAUACGAGGAAGAAGAUUACGGGGUUAUGACAGAAGCAGAAGCUAAAAAGAGAGAUCAUAGGAGAAUAUUUCAACAAAAUUUAAUAAAGGAAGGUCUGGAAUUAGAAUUAGAAAAUAAAUGUCUAUCCUUUGAUGAGAAAACGUGGUUCUUAAAGAUACACAUACCCUGGAAGACUGAAAUGAGACUAGCAGAAGUUAUGGGAAUGAAAUUACCAACUAAAAGAUUUAUAACAAUUUCCGUAAGAGCUUGGUCAGAAGAGAAAAUAACGGAAAAGGAACGAAAAUGGUACUCAAAAUGGCGAAGAAAAUGGAAGCAACUGUACGAAUAUGAACAUAGUCGAAUAGAACCGGAACCCUCUUUUUAUACAGCAACCGAACAAAAAGGGGUCCGAAGAGAAGAACAGUUUCUAGUCAAAGAUCGUCACACGCAAUUCUCUCCGGCGCAAAGAAGUAUGUUGGUUAUGCAGAUAUUGCUUAGAGCAAGAUAUGACAGUAUUGAAACUAAGAUGGGUAUUCGCAGGUUACUUAACGAUGGGACUUACCUCGCUUGCUUUCCUCUCCACGAGGGUCGCUAUGACCUCAACAGUCCAGAUGGAAGUACUACAGAUAGACGGUUACUUUAUCUGGAAUGGGCUCGCCCUUGCAAGUGGUAUAAGAAGCAGCCGCUGUGGCUCGUUCGCCGGUACUUCGGCGAUAAGAUCGGCCUCUACUUCUGCUGGCUCGGCUUCUACACCAAGAUGUUGUACGCACCCGCCAUAGUUGGUACUUUGUGCUUCUUGUACGGUUUAGCCAGCAUGGAAUCGGAUGAUAACAUUCCUAGUAAGGAGAUCUGCGAUGCGAAAGGGCCGGGCAACAUAACGCUGUGUCCGCUCUGCGACAAAGCAUGCCAGUAUCAAAGACUGUCGGAUUCCUGCCUCUUUGCCAAAUUAUCAUAUUUAUUUGACAACCCCGCUACGGUUUUCUUCGCUAUAUUUAUGUCUUUUUGGGCAACAACAUUCCUAGAGCUUUGGAAGCGAAAACAAUCAGUAUUACGUUGGGAAUGGGACUUAGGCGGCGUCGAUCAUGAUGAAGAGCCACGUCCCGAAUUCGAGACAUCAGUAAAGACGUUCCGGACUAACCCAGUGACACGUGAGAAGGAGCCUUAUUUACCAGGAUGGCAGAAAACCAUGCGAUACGUUGCUACAAGUUCCGCUGUUUUGUUCAUGAUCACAAUAGUAAUGGGAGCGGUUUUGGGCACAAUUAUAUACCGAAUCUCAAUGGUAUCGGUCAUAUAUGGAGGAAGUGGAUUUUUCAUUAAAAAGCACGCGAAAAUAUUCACCACCAUGACGGCUGCUGUUAUCAAUUUAAUUAUUAUAAUGAUUCUUACAAGGCUAUAUUCGAGGGUUGCUGUUUAUUUAACAAAUAUGGAGAAUCCUCGAACGCAGACUGAAUAUGAAGACUCUUAUACUUUUAAAAUAUUCUUUAUCGAAUUUAUGAAUUAUUAUUCAUCACUCAUCUACAUAGCAUUCUUCAAGGGUCGCUUUUACGACUACCCUGGUGACGAUCAGGCUCGCAAGUCAGAGUUUUUGAAGUUAAAAGGCGACAUUUGCGACCCCGCGGGCUGCUUGUCGGAGUUGUGCAUACAACUGGCCAUCAUUAUGGUUGGGAAACAGUGUUUUAAUAAUUUCUUAGAACUUGGGUUUCCCAAGCUGCACAACUGGUGGCGUCAGAGGUCCCACCGCGCGGUGACCCGCGAUCCCAGCAAACCGCACAUGGCGUGGGAGCAAGACUACCACUUGCAAGACCCAGGACGUCUCGCACUCUUCGACGAGUACCUUGAAAUGAUUCUCCAAUACGGCUUCGUAACAUUAUUCGUGGCGGCAUUUCCUUUGGCGCCGCUGUUCGCAUUGCUCAACAACAUAGCAGAGAUCCGUCUGGAUGCGUAUAAAAUGGUUACACAAGCAAGAAGACCGCUUGCUGAAAGGGUAGAGGAUAUAGGAGCUUGGUAUGGAAUCCUCAGGGGUAUUACGUAUGCAGCAGUUGUUUCUAAUGCAUUCGUCAUAGCAUAUACAAGUGACUUCAUUCCUCGUAUGGUCUACAAGUACGUCUACUCGCCGGACUACACAUUGGCUGGUUACAUCGAUCAUUCAUUAUCAUUAUUCAACACAUCGGACUACCGUGAGGACUGGGGCGCGGAUGAAAACGAAGUGGACCCUGCGACGUGCGCCUACCGCGGCUAUCGCAAUCCGCCGCAGCACGCCGAACCCUACGGCCUCUCGCCACACUAUUGGCACGUGUUUGCAGCCAGGCUCGCUUUCGUCGUCGUCUUCGAGCAUGUGGUGUUCGGUUUGACUGGUCUGAUGCAACUUUUCAUCCCUGACGUGCCAACGGAGCUGCGCACGCAGAUGCAACGCGAGGCAUUGCUCGCUAAAGAAGUUAAAUAUGAACACGGUAGACGACGCCUCUCCACAGAAUACAGGCAACUGAUCACACAGAAAAGUGACAAUGGAGAAAGGCCUAGUGGAACUUGGAGGCGUCGAGCUUCGAGAGCAUCGGAAGGCCUAGACGCUCAUGUAGCAGUUGCUCAAAGACCCUCAUCGCCAAGGAUAACGCACUGACAAUGUUCAAAUGAUAAAACUAGUUAAUUUUAAUAGAGAUGUCCUAAUUUGUUGAAUUAUUCAUAAGAUCGUACCACAAAUGCUUGCAUACCACAGAUGCUGCUAUGCUUUAUUCUUUCUGCGACCACCAUGUAAAAAUUGAUGUUGUGUUGUGGUAGAAAACUU